AUGCCUCUCCUCCAUAACUUGUUCGUCACAGACCUUCCUUCGGAGUCCUCCAAGAUGCCUUACAAACUUGCCAUCACAUCGAUGUCUCUAGGCCGGUGCUACGCUGGCCACUCCUUUAUCUCCAAGCUCGAUGCCGCCCACAAGUAUGGGUACCAGGGGAUCGAGCUCUUUCACGAAGACUUAGCAGACGUGGCGUACAGUCUCUCGAGCGAGCCCCCUUCUUCCUCGGGGCCUUCUCCAUCUUCCCAGCUUGCCGCAGCUCGUCAUAUUGUGCGCCUCUGUCGUGCCAGAGGCAUCGAAAUUGUCUGCCUCCAGCCUUUUAGCCACUACGACGGCCUUCUGGAUCGGGCAGAGCACCAACGCCGCCUUGAUCAACUCCAAUUCUGGAUCCAGCUCGCUCAUGAACUCGAGACCGAUAUGAUUCAGGUCCCGGCCAGCUUCCUCCCUGCCGAUCAGGUCACCGAGGACCUGAACCUCAUUGUUUCUGACCUUCAGGAGCUGGCCGACAUGGGUCUGGCUGCCAAUCCCCCCAUCCGUUUUGCGUACGAAUCGCUCUGCUGGAGCACCCGUGUCAACGUUUGGGAGCGCUGCUGGGAAGUGGUGCGCCGUGUCGACCGCCCCAACUUCGGCAUGUGCCUGGACACGUUCAACAUCGCUGGUCGCAUUUUUGCCGACCCUGCGGUGGCCAGCGGCCGCACUCCGAACGCUGAGGAAGCUGUUCGUCAAUCUAUGGCGCGCCUGGUGAGCGAAGUCGACGUCAGUAAGGUGUUUUAUGUGCAGGUUGUGGAUGCCGAAAGGCUUGAGGAGCCGUUGAUCGAGGGACAUCCGUUCUACAAUCCUGAACAGCCAGCCAGAAUGAGCUGGUCGAGAAACUGUCGGUUGUUCUAUGGCGAGAAAGACCGCGGCGCAUAUUUGCCCGUCAAAGAGAUUGCUUGGGCAUUUUUCUAUGGACUUGGUUUCCAAGGUUGGGUCAGCCUGGAGCUGUUCAACCGUCGCAUGGCCGAUACUGGGCCUGAAGUGCCAGAGGAACUGGCUAGGAGGGGUGCUAUCUCGUGGGCAAAGUUGAUCAAAGAUAUGAAGUUGACAGCGGAGAAACCGGCACCUGUCCCUGCUGUUGCUUUUGCAUCCCUGUAA